AUGUCCGUCCGCGAGCACGCGCUGGCCCUCUUCCGCAGCGCAGUGGGCACUGUCCGGCCAGCCCCCAUGCUCAAGAGGGCUAUGAAGCUCCAGGGAGAUGGGGCACCCCAGCUGCUGGUGAAGGGACAGGCCUUCCCAGUGAAGAGGAACCUGUACCUGGUGGGUUUCGGUAAAGCUGUGCUGGGGAUGGCUGCAGCAGCAGAAGAGAUCCUGGGAGACCAUCUGAUCCAGGGGAUCAUCAAUGUGCCACUCGGCAUCCAGGAGAGCCUGCAGCAAGCAGGAAUGCAGGAGAUGCUCCUGAAGCCACACAGCAAAAUCCAGGUGAUCGAAGGUGCCAAGAACAACCUCCCAGACCCAGAGGCUCUGAAGGGAGCAGCAGCCAUCCAGCAGCUGGCUGAGGGCCUGACUGCAGAUGACCUGCUCCUGGUGCUCAUCUCAGGGGGUGGAUCUGCCCUACUGCCUGCUCCCAUCCCUCCCAUCCUUCUUGAAGAGAAGGAGAAACUCACAAAGAUGCUGGCUUCCCGAGGAGCUGCCAUACAGGAGCUGAACGCUGUCCGGAAGACUCUCUCCUUGCUGAAGGGUGGAGGGCUGGCCCGGCUUGCAUAUCCUGCACAGGUGGUAAGCCUCAUCCUUUCCGAUGUGAUUGGUGACCCCUUGGACAUCAUAGCAAGUGGGCCCACUGCUGCCAGCUCCCACAGCAUCCAAGACUGCCUUCAGAUACUCACCAAAUACAACCUGCUGCACAGCCUGCCCAAGUCAGUAGAAACAGUCCUGUCCAGGUCUCCCGCCAAGCCCACUGCUCCAGAAGACUACUCCCAUGUGUGCAAUGUCAUCAUUGGAUCCAACACACUGGCAUUAGAUGAGGCCAAACGCCAGGCUGAGGGCCUGGGCUACACAACUCUGAUUCUGAGCGCAGCAGUGCGUGGGGAGGUGAGCCACGUUGCCAUGCUGUACUGCCAGCUGAUCCGGCUGCUCCACCUCGGCUUCACCGGCCUCGGAGAAGGGCCCCUGAGCGAUGGUGUGAGGGGCAACCUCCUGCAGCUGGCGGCAGAGCUAGAGAUCCCUGGCUUGGACCUUGCUGAGUUCCUACAGGUCCUGCGAGGACUGGGGCCCAAAAGACCAGUCUGCAUCCUGGCUGGUGGAGAAACCACGGUGCAGCUUCAAGGAACUGGCAAGGGAGGGAGGAACCAGGAGCUGGCUCUGCAUGUGGCACUGGGGCUGCACAGGGCAUGGGCCAUGGAGACCAGCAGCCCCCCAGGGAGCUGUGAGAUCAUCUUUCUUAGUGGGGGAACAGAUGGGCAAGAUGGGCCAACAGAGGCAGCAGGGGCCUCCUGCAGCCCAGAGCUGGUGGGUGAGGCACUGCAGGAGGGCCUCGAUGUGGAGGCCUUUCUCAGCAGCAAUGACUCCUAUACAUUCUUCAGCCAGUUCCAAGGUGGGCAUCACCUCCUGGUGACAGGCUUGACUGGCACCAACGUCAUGGACAUCCAGGCUAUUUUAAUUAGAGCCACAGAGAGAUCAUGA